AUGAGGCUCUUUCUAGCUGUUUUUGCACUUUUGGUCGCAGUUCACUGUGAUGAACUCUUUAAUGGAGACCAAGUUCUCAGAAUCCAUGCGGAAACCGAGGUUCACCUAAAGGCUUUGAAGGAGCUGGAAGGAGAUUUGGAUUUCUGGACCCAUGGCGUCUCUACCGCUCUGCCAGUUGACGUCCGUGUGCCUCGUGCCAGUCUGUACGCUGUUAAAGACUUCCUUACUUUAAACAAGAUACCUUUCACAGUCAUGGUCAACAAUGUGCAGGAACUUCUGAAUAAGGAGAAAGCUGAGAUGGUGAGUAACGCAGCGAUGGAGCGCAGUACCAAGAGCUUUAACUUUGGUGCUUAUCACACCCUGGAUGAAAUUUACAGUUUUAUGGACAGCCUUGUUGCAAGUCACCCAAACCUGGUCUCCAAAGUGCAGAUCGGCAACUCUUAUGAGAAACGCCCUAUGUAUGCUCUCAAGUUCAGCACUGGUGGUGUGAAUCGACCAGCAAUCUGGGUUGAUGCAGGAAUCCACUCCAGAGAAUGGGUCAGUCUGGCUUCUGCAGUGUGGAUUGCCAACAAGAUUGCUACAGACUAUGGUGUUGAUGCCUCCGUCACUGCUCUUCUUGGUCAAAUGGACAUCUACUUGAUGAUUGCAACCAACCCUGACGGAUACGUAUUUACUCAUACCAGUAACCGUAUGUGGCGUAAGACUCGUUCUGUGAAUUCUGGCUCCUCCUGCAUUGGUGUUGACCCAAACAGGAAUUGGGACGCUGGCUUUGGAGGAGUUGGCGCCAGCGAUAAUCCCUGCUCUGACUCUUACCACGGCCCUUAUGCCAACUCUGAGAUCGAAGUGAAAAACGUUGUGGACCUUGUCAACGGCCACGGCAACUUCAAAUCCUUCAUCUCCAUUCACUCUUACUCUCAACUCUUAAUGUAUCCCCACGGCUACACUUGCACAGAUAUUCCUGACCAGCCUGAGCUUCACACUGUAGCCACCGCUGCUGCCAAUGCGCUCACCUCUCUGUAUAACACCAAAUACAGAGUUGGAAGCAUCUGCAAAAUUAUCUACCCAGCAAGUGGUGGAAGCAUUGACUGGACUUACGACAUUGGCAUCAAAUAUUCCUUUGCUUUUGAGCUGCGUGACACUGGCCUCUAUGGUUUCCUCUUACCUGCCAAACAAAUUAUUCCCACUGCAGAGGAGACUUGGCUUGCUCUCAAAAACAUUAUGGAAUAUGUUUGUGAUCAUCCUUACUGAGAGUAAAGUGAAAACCUGCUGAAACUAGA